AUGCAAAGUUCUUCUUUUGAGUCCAAACUUUUGAGUCCUAAACUUUACGGAGUUUCUUCACGCCACAAUCACUUGACGGACCACACACCACAAUCAAACAGCCCUUUAAUUCAGACUCGGCAGUCGAGUCUAGGGUUGUAUUCUGGGCUCCCAGUAGGGAUCGAUUGUUGUGCUUGGGCCAAUUUCCAGCUCAUGAUUGCAAGUGUUUUCGUAGUGUCCACGGUGUUUGUACAGCUAGCGCGGCGGAGACACUCCAUCAAAUUGCUUCCGAAGUAUUCCACAGGCACAGAACACAAUCCCUUCGUUGUUCUCCAGAGCCAUGGAGGCUGGACUGUUUGAUUUGCGCAUCUUGAUGAAGAUUUUGCUGCUACUUUGGAGAACCCUCAUCGCAGAGGAGGAAUUCUGGAGCAGCUUCCAGUCCUCAUUGAACAAAGCCAAAGCAACGACGACGACCAUUGCAUGAAGGGCCACGAGGAUCAGACGACUCGAAGCCCUUGAAUGCAUACUCAAAAAUCUAGCUACUGCUGUGUGAGUUCUUUUCAUUUCUGACCCACCGAAAGAUUGAAUGCGAAUGUUGCACACUCUCCCCCACAAGUUAAUAUUAAAAGACUUCUAGUUUCAGCAAAACCGUCUUAUCGCAUGUUGAAACAUGCCCAGACCAUUUUUAUACGAGCCAAAUGAUGUUGGGCACUCGCUUGUAACUAUAUUUCUGACAGCAAUGUGGUAAAUUCCUUCAGUUUCAAGAAA